AUGAAACCAUAAUAAAAGAAAUAAUAAUAACAAUUAAGAGAGAAGGGUUUUGAUACUUUUAUUUCUGGAGCAAAUAAAGAUAGGGUAAAUUAGAAGAUAAAAAAUCAAUAAAUUUUAAAAACGAAGAAUGUGAAGAAAUGGAAGGAUGAACAUAGUCAAUCAUAAUAGAUAGGUACUCUUGAUCAUGAUGAUUUGGAAGUUUUAAAAAAAUCAUUAGUGUAAGGUAUUGGGCAUCAUUAAUUCAGGUAAUGUGCUAAGCAAAUCUUAAUAGGAUUUGCUUGAAAAGUUACAGAAAGAUACUCCAAUUGAUCAUAGAUAUGAUCCUCAUUUUUCAUAGCUCUUGGAUAGUGAAAAUGAGGAAUAGGAAGAGUAAUAAAUUUAAGAAGAAGAAGAAGUAAUUAUUAUCUGAAUAAACUAAGUUGUGUUAAUCUGAAGGUGAAGAAGAAAUUAAUAAUGAAUAAGUUUACAAAGAUGAUGUUGACAACAAUAAAAUUUAAAUAUAACCUAUUGUAUAAUAAUAACAACCUUAAAAAGUUAUUCAAGUUGUCAAUUUACCUAUUACUAAACCUAGACCAAUUAGUGCUAUUUCUGAAUAACAAUAAUCUUAAGAAUAAUAAAUACCUUAAUCAACUAAAUAACUUUCUUCUGAAAUUAAACCUCCUCCUGUCACAAAACCAGAAAAUAAAUAAUAUGCAUCUAAACCUUAAUUAAGAGCUAAUUCUGUCAAUAAAUAAGAUGAUAUUAAAAAUGAUAAUCAUUCAUUCAAUCAACCUUAAACAUCAUCAUCAUUAAUUAAUAAACCUUAAGAAAAACAAAAGGAUUAAUUAGAAGAAUUAUUUGAAAAAAUUGAAAAAUUGUCUAGUGAUGAAAAAUAAAAACUCAUUUUCUAUUUAAAUAAAAAUACUAUCAAUUUAGAAGAAUAGAAGGUUAAAUAAAAUAUAUAAAAUGAAUAAUUAUAACAAAAAGUAUCACUUGAUAUUCCUAUCAAAUUACAAAAAUAAUAAAAAGAAUUAUAAAUUAUAGAAAAUAAACCAAAAGAAUAAGUAUAACUAUCUCUUCAAUAAUAAAUAACAAACAAUUAACCAUCGCUAUAAAUACCAUAAAUUGAAACUAAAAAAAGAAAUCCAAGUAUCAAUAAUGUUAUUUAAAUUUAAUAAGAAUUUGUGAAAGAAGAAAAAGCAUAAAUAAUAUUAGAAAGAAAUACUGAUUUAUUGAUUGAUAAGAAUUCUUAAUUAAAAAUGAGAAUUCUCUCUACCUGGGGUAAUCCAAGUUUAGUAGGUUUAACUGAAAUUGAAUUAUAUACAUCUGAUGGUAACAAAGUUUCACUUAAACCAUAUAAUAUUAAGAUGAAUAAUGCAUAAUCAUUAAAAAUGCCAGAAAUUCUUAUAAAUGGAAAAUUCUUAACUAAAGAUGCAAUUAAUAUGUGGUUAGGAAGUAUGCCUGAUCCUCCAAAAACAAUAGAAAUAGAAAUAUCAUAUGAUGAUGAUAUUAUCUUAGGAGGAAUCAAAGUAUAUAAUUAUAAUAAGAGUUUGAUUGAUAGUGUUAAAGGUGUUAGAGAUUUAGAAGUAUUAUGUAGAUAAAAAGGUAAAGUUAUUUCUAAAAUUGUUGAAAUUAAGAAAGGUACUGGAUUUGAAAUUGAAGAUUAUGGAACUGAAAUUCCAAUAAUUGAUACUUUUAAAUUUCCAACCUUAUAAAAUACUUAAUCCAAAUUUGCUUAAAAACUUAGAGGAUAAAUUGAUUAAUCAGAUGUCAUUGAAAAAAAGUAAGAGAAAUUAGAUGAUUCAAAACCACCUCCCUCUAGAAAAGGAAAAGGACCUAUUGUUGUGGAUAUAUUUAAAGGGGAACGAUUAGAUACUGCUAAAAGUGAUAAAAAAAUUGAAUAAACACAAUAACCUAUAAUUAAUUAAUCUAAUCAACAAUAAAUUAUUGAGCCAAGAAGAAGAAGAGAUAAUCCAUAACCAACCUAAGAUUACCUUGAAGAAACUCUUUAAUAUUUUAAUAUUACACAAUAAGGAAGAUUAAAACCUGUUUAAAGAUAAGAUAUUAUUGAAGAUCCUGCACCUUAACCUAAAUAUGAAGAAAUAGAUGCUCUUGACUUUUUUUUUAAAGGAUAACAAAGACCAAAUAAUAUAUAAUAAAAACCACAAUUAUCAAAAUGGGAAAUACCAUCUUAAUAAUAAAUUCCUCAAUAAAUAAGCUAAUAACCUGAAAGAAAUAAUUAUAGAUAAUAAACAUAAGAAAAUGCAUAACUCAUAAAAGAUUUAUUAAAUUAACCAUUAAAUAAUUAAGCUUAAGUAAAGAAGGUUAAGAAGUAGAUUUCCUUGCCAUCUCUUCCAAAAGUAAGAAUUAUAACAAUUCAUAUACAUUCAACUUGGGGAGAUAAAUACUAUGUGGGUCUUAAUGGAAUAGAAAUAUUUAAUGAAGUAGGAAAAUAAAUAGAAAUUUAAGAUCCAUAUACUUAAGUUAAGGCUGACCCUAGUGACAUCAAUAUAUUACCUGAAUAUUUCAAUGAUCCUAGAACUCCUGAUAAAUUAGUUGAUGGAGUGUAUUUUACUUAAUCUGAUAUGCAUGUUUGGUUGAGUCCAUUUUAAAGAGGAAAGAUUAAUAAAAUUACAAUCGAUUUACUUGAUAAGAAGAAAAUAAGUAUGAUUAGAAUAUGGAAUUAUAAUAAGAGUAGAAUUCAUAGUUUUAGAGGAGCUAAAGAUAUAAGUUUAUUUUUUGAUAAUUAAAUUGUAUUUAGAGGAGAUAUAAAGAAAGGUUUUGGUAAUAUGAAUUUAUAGAGAGUGAUAAAUUAGAAUGAAUAACCAUUUGAAUUAUUUUUAUUUACAAAUGAGGAAAACAUCAUUUCAUAAAUAGCUAAGAAUGAUUGGAUAAAUACUUAAGAAUUUUAAACAAUUUAUCAUGAUUAUUAAAAUGAAAGACCUAAUACAGGAAAUGCAGAUUCAGAAGUGAGACCAACAACUUCAGCUAAAGUUACUAAUCUUUAGAAUGAAAGUAUUAUUAAAUGAUAAUAAUAAUAGUUAAAUAAUCUAGAAAAUAAGAGUAAAAUUAAUAAAGAUAAGAGAAAUAAUAAAUCUAAAGAGCUCUAGUAAAUUAGAAUUCAAAUGGUAUAACUUGUAGAUUUUUAUAAAUUAAAUUAUUAAGACCAUGGGUAGAUUAACCAUAUAUAGGAUUAACAGGAAUAGAUUUUUAUGGUAUUGAUUGAUUUAUCUAUUUAGGUAAGGAGGGCAAAAUAUAAGUAAAAAAUAUCAAAUCAGAUUAUUAGUGUGAUGGAGACAAGGGUAAUCUAUUGGGUCUAAUAAAUGGGAUUAAUGUGACAACUAAUGAUAUAAAUAUGUAUAUUGUUCCCUUCCAACCAGGAAGAUAUGUAACUAUAACAUUCACAUUUGAUAUUCCAUAAUUGAUAACAUCUAUUAGAAUAUGGAAUUAUAAUAAAUCUUAAGAAGAUACUUUUAGAGGUGCCAAAUUUAUCAGUUUAUUAAGUGAUUAAGGAACUAUUUCUAAUUGUGUAUUAUUGAAGAGAGCUCCUGGUUGUGAUACAUAUGAUUAUGCUUAAACAAUAACAAUUCCAUGCAAAGAUUAUGUUUUCGAAGAAACUCCUUAAGUUUAAAAAUAAUUAAGAUGUGAAUAUGAAAUCAAUAAUCUACUUGUUGGAUAUGAACUUAAAAUAUAAUUGAUAACUACUUAUGGAGAUAUUCAUUACAUUGGACUGAAUGGAUUAGAAGUUCUAGAUUUCAAAGGUAGAUAAAUUUAAGGAAAUAUUGGAGCUGAACCUUCUUCUGUUAGAAUUCUUUAAUCUAUGAAAGGAGAUAAAAGAGUUGUUGAAAAUCUGUUAGAUGGUAUUAAUGAAACAUAAAAUGAUAUUCAUAUGUGGUUAGCACCAUUUACUAAUAGAUGUUUUGAUCAUUCUCAAGAUCCAUAAAUUAAUACUCUCUAUUUUGGCUCUGAAUAACCUUUUGCUCUAGGUUGCAUUAUCUUUUGGAAUUACACUAAAACUCCUACUAGAGGUGUUCAUGAAAUUGCCAUCAGUCUUGAUGAUUACAUCAUUUAUAGAGUAUUAUACAAUUUAUUAUUAAACUUUAGGGUUAUAUCAGAUAAGCUGGAAAUGAUGGAAAUUAAACUGUUGUUCUUUUUUAUAGAGAUAUGUAGUUAAUGGAAAAAUUCAGUGGAAAAUAUUACACUGAAUUUGGACUAAAAUAAUCUGCUGGUUAUAAAAAUGAAGAAAAAGUAUCUUUAUCUUUAUUCUAUUCUCUUAGGCUACUAGAUUAGUCUAAACUUAUGCUCUUUUAGAAAGACCUAUCACUAGAGUCAAAGGAAGUAAUUGAUUUUUUAUAUAUUUUAUACAAAAUUUAUUACAUACAGUUAUGAGGUAGAGGCAUUGUCCAUUAUGUUAAAAAAUUUAAGCCACUCCAAAUGUUAACCAUUUUUACGCCUAUUUAAUCAAUAGUGUAUCAAUAAUUAAACAAUGAACAGGCAUUGUACACUAAAUAUUCAUCCAAAAAAUCAAAAAACUUCCAAGACUUCUUUGUUAAUAAACCAAUCAAAUGGAUUAUUGAUUUUAAAGAUCAUUUACAUUUAUAGGAUGAUGAUGAAUAUUUAAAAAGGUAUACCGUAAUUCAUCAUCAAGGUUCUAUCCAACCAAUCAAUAAACUCAAAAAUUUUUAUCAUUGCUGGAUUAUUAUAAAUUUCAUCAAAACUUACCUAGAAUCUUUUUUGGAGUCUUAGCCGAAAUAGUCAUCUCAUAUUUUGAGAAAAAAAAGUACAAAAUAUUAUUAUCAACAAUUCAAUAGAAAAUAUCAUUAUAGAAAAAUUAAGAAAAUGCUAGGGAUUUCUUAUGAUUAAUCAAGCUUGAGUAUAUGUAUAAAAAUAUUUUCAUAACAACAUUAGAAUAGGAAAGAUUGAAUCAGGAAAUAUAAGUAUUAAAUAGUUUGACCAAAAUUACUGAAAAAUCCACUAAGUCUAUUUUAAAUGAGUUCUUUAAAAUUUAACCCAAUGACGAAUAAAAGAUAGUAAAUAUUUGUCUAUUUUUUUUAAUAGAAUAUUGAUGAAACAUGGUUAACUAUGCAGUAGUAAGAAUUAAUUAUUCCAUAAUUAAAAAAUAAGUAAGGACUCUAAAAUCUUAAAAUACUUAAAAAACUUGUUUAAAAUCAUUCUAAAGAGAAGAUUAAAUUAAACUUGCCUUUUCAUUUAUUGAAAGGAAAAACUUUAACAAAUAUUAGGAAUUCAUAAAAUUAAUCUCGAGAGAGGAUUCAUCCUACCUAAUAAUCAUCCUCAUAAUAACAUAUAAAUAAAAGUCAAGAAGAAAAUGAAUUUAAAUCAUUUAUCAAUUAAAAAGUCUUAGCUUAAUCUAAAUAAAAUAAAAUUAAAGUCCAAGAAAUUUUCUAAAAUAAAAAUCACAUUGAAUUAAAUUAUAAUAUUAUUACUUAGGGAAAACGUAGUAGCACUCAUUUGAUAACUAGUACUAGGAGUAUUUCAUCUGAAUAUAUCAAAAAUGAAAAAAUACAUUUAAAACAAUUAAAUUUCAAUGGAUAAGAUUCAGAAGUCUAACAAAAAUUAACAAAUAAUGCAAUACAUAUUCCAAUGCAAUCAAUGAAACAAUUUACAAUUCACAAUGACACUUCUCCAACAAAAAAAAGUUAAUAGCUUAUUUAAAUAUAUUCAAAUAAUUUUGGUCUAAAAUUAAAAACAUAACCAAAAAAAUCUCCUGAAAAAUAAAUUAUUUUUCAUCCUUCUAAUUCAUAUUCAUCAACAUUAAACAAUUAAAAAAGCCUUUUAUAAAACUUUGAAAAAAUUUCUCCAUUUUAAAAAGUUAAAAUGAAAUUAGAAAACUCUUAAUAAAAAUCAAAGAAGAAAAAAUUGUGUAAUCAUCAGAAUAAGUUAUAAAUAGAAGAUAAAUAAUAUUUUAAAGUAUAAUCAAAUACUACAGCUAAAAAUAAAGUUUUAGCAAAAUCCAUCAUAAAAAAUAAAUGA